ACAUUAAUAUUUUACAUAGGGAUAUAAAAAAAUUCUAGAAAUAUAUCGUUCAGGUCUUCGUCUUUUUCGUCUCUCUGUUCUGCCUGUAGCUGGUCGUGCAUCUAACCUGCUGUUGUAUCUUUUCAUCUUCCCAUAGUUAAGAUCUUUGCCAACAAAAAUAAAGAAAUGAACAAAACUACAAGGAUCGAUAUCCCCUCUUCCUCUUCUCCAUCUUUAGCUUCCGCAGACGGAGAGCUCCACGAAGACGACAUCUUCGCAAUCGACAUAACUCACGCGCCUCGUCCUUCUCCAACGCGACAACAACAACAACAACAUCCACAAGCUCGUCAACUUCAAAGAAGCAAAAGCAGUUUAAAAAACGUGGAAGCUUCUGGCAUCCUCGCUGCUCUCCCCGAGCCAUCUGGAAACAGUUACCUCAACCACGUGUUUCACCACAAACCCGCCUCUGUUCUCUCCACUUCGGUCUCCUCCACAGCAUCUUCAUCCUCUUCCUCCGGCGGCGGCGGCGGUGGUGGUGCUCGAACCAUCCCCGCUGCUGCUCCUAAACCGCCUCAAGAACGGCUUCCGUUCACCUCUUCUUUUAUAAACGGAGGGAAGUUUCCUCAGUCAGCUCCCGUUCAAGUACCGUCGGCGAUGAUGAAUCGUCAUAAGAAGGAGUUCAAGCUGACUGAUGUGGUGGAUGAUGAUGAGGAGGAGGAUGAAGAAGAAGAUGGGGAGAGGCUUCCGCCUCACGAGAUUGUAGCGAGGUCUUUGGCUCAGUCUUCUUUGCUGUCUUGCUCUGUGCUUGAAGGAGCUGGAAGAACUCUUAAAGGGAGGGAUCUUCGGCAGGUGAGGAAUGCUGUUUUCAGAAGAACUGGUUUCAUUGAUUGAGUUUUCUCCUUUUUAAAAAAAAAAAUUCUUUGAUUUGUUGUCCCCGAUUGAAUCGGUUUUAUUUGGUUACAGAAACGUUCCAGUGUAUCGUUCAUAUGUGUUGUCUACAUUACACGAUUUAUUGUUACUUCAUAUCAAUCAGAUUGAUGUGAUUGGUUGCUUCA